AUGUGAAAGCACUGCCGCGAGUGACAAUCCGACCCUGUUAGAUUGCCCUUCUUUGCAGGCGGCAAGCACUUUGAAAGAGUCGAUCCGCCGGAGGAUUCAGCGGAACGCGAAAGUGAGUGCGGUACUGCGGCGGCCGCGCCUGGCCGGGAUCCACUUCCCGCAAGCUUCAUCCGCACUGAAGGUCAAUGCGUACCGGGCUCCUGGCCCAUUGCUUGCGAGCAGCACCCUUCUGCGGUCGGUCUCCAGGGUGCAGCUUCGGUAUCUGCUCCAUCGUCGGUCGGCGAGCCUCAUCGGCCUGCUCUUGCGUGAUUGGGCUCGUGCCUUCUGCUUGUGAGAGGCUGGCUAUGGCGACCAGCGAAGGUCAUAAAGAAACGGUGCCGCUUCCCCUCUCCGUCUCUCCCUUCAUCCUCAACCUGGCAGCCUUGACCACCAUGUUCCAUUCUCUUCUCGCCCUCCUCUCCCUGACGCUCAGCCUUGCCUCCCUCAUCGAGGGUGCUCACUUCACCUGCAGCUGGCAGCCCGACAAAGGCUCGCCCAAGGAAUACGGGUUCGAGCACGUCAGUGACCAGAAUGCUUCUGACCAAGCUUCUACCUCUUGCCCAAGCAGAAACCGAUCAGUGUCGCUGAUCGGUCCUGGACCUCAUUGCGCGAACAGUACUGCACAGCCGACAGCAAGAUGCUGGACGAGGGCAAAGGGACGCGGGCCUACCAGUGUACCAAGCCAGGAUCUGUUAUGCAGAAGGUUACCGUGGCUGAUUAUAACGUGGUGGCGCCCAACACGCUCGAGUUCGCCACGCCCUGCGGCAUGGGCGGAUGGCUCACCGAUCCCAUGGGGCACUGCCCCCAGGACUGUGCCUUCUUUGCUCUCUGCCUCGACGCCCAGAACCCCGCGAAUUGCUACGCUAUGGGUCACAAGGAUGAUUGUGAGCAUGGCGAAAGGACCUUGUUGGCACGCGAGUUGCCAGGCUGAUCACGCCUACCGUGGCGUUCUCUCUUGCGUCUUGUGCAUUCGCGCGCAGGCCAGUGGCCCCGAAUCUUCAAUGCAACUACUGUGCCCAAGCAGGUCGAUGUUUGGUUCAAGAAGUGAGCGAGAGGGCUGGAUACUGGGGGAGGGAUGAGUAGUCUUCGCUACUAUAGUAGAGUACCUUUUCAUCAUAGACAUCAAAGAGCUGCCACCCUACACAUGACGCUCGCACAAUCUGUUCAAUGCACGA